ACAUCUCUGAGACUGAAACCGACUGAACGAGCUUUUGCUCGAACAGAUUCAGUGAGGCAUCAUGGAGGCAGGUGCAAUUUUUUUCCUGUUGUUGUUCGCCUUACCGGGCCCCGCUUCAACCGCCAGCUUUUAUGGAGACAGCAUCAGCUUCAUGCCUCCGCACAAGAACGAGGAUGGGACGUAUAAGGUGACCUUUCAUCACAGACAGAACGGAAGAAGCAACUGUCAGGAUCAGUCAUCCUACUCGUGUGAGAGCGGAGUGUGCACGAGCUUUGAUAAAUCAAGUGUCCUGCAGACCGAUCAGGAUGCCACAGGCCAGGGCAGGUGGUGCCAGACUGAGGGGCAGACGACAGCAACCAUCCGGACCAAUAAAAACACCUUCUCUCUCAGUGGCUCGGGCUGCUGCUGGGAGUCUAAUGUCGAAGGCAAAACAAACUGGACGUCUGACGCCGAGCUGAACCUGGGAACUCGGUCCGACUCACGCACCAUCAACAGCUGCCCCGUGACCACGGCGGUGUCUUCUUUACGGGUACCUCAGAACUGUUUUUCGAGGUUUCGUCUUCUGGCUCAUGAUCCGGACGGAGACAGCGUGAAAUGUCGCUUCACUUCAGGCACCACAGUUCCUUCAAACUUCAGUCUGGAUGAGGCUUCGUGCACGCUGACGAGUACAGGUCAGGUGGUCGUCGGCGUGCACGUGUUUGAGGUGAUGCUGGAGGAUUUUCCCACCAAAAACGUCACCAUGACAUAUGCAGACGGAUCAUCAGAACAUCGGGAGGCCUCCAACACGACCUUGCCACCUCUCUGCAAAGUGAAGCUGCAGUUCUCGAUGGAGAUUCUUCCUGCAAUACCAAACUGUGAGGCCGGCCACGUGCAGCCCAUGUUCCUGUCCACGACUCCUUCGCAUGGCGACGUCCUUUAUGCCUCCGUGGCUCGGAGUUUCCAGAUCAAAGCCAAAGCUCAGGCUCACCACUCAAGCAUACACGACUUCCAGGUCAGCGGCCCCCACAACAUGAGCAAAGUGUUGACCGAUGAAUCGCUCGGAAAAGCUGAACUGACCCUGAGCUGGACGCCGCAGCAGAGCGACCUGUACAGAUUUGUGCCAAUCUGCUUCACGGCCGAGACGAAUGAAACUCAAUCGGAGAUGAGGUGUGUUAUCGUCAUGGUGACCCCGGCAUCUAUCGUUCAAGGAAAGGCCACAGUGCAGUGCUUACCGAACAAGAUGGUGGUGGCCCUGGAGAAAGCCUCCAUGCCCGGCAUCGAUGAGAACUAUCUGAAGCUGAGGGACCAGUCGUGUUCCCUCACCUCCAACAGCACCCACAUCAUGGCCACCAUGUCGCUGAGCACCUGCGGCACAAAACUUGAGGAUAAAGGCGACUUUAUCGUUUUCAAGAACCAUAUCAACUCCUUUGAGCUGCCCGAUGAGGUUAUAAUCCGAAGGAGGACCGUUAAGAUCGAUUUCUUUUGCCAGUUCCCAAAAUCCAUCAGCAUCUCCAGUUACUACAAGCUCCACAACUCUGACUACAUUUUCACAGAGUCCAGCUUCGGCAGCUUCAGCUACACUUUUGAGAUCUUCCGCGACUCCAACUUUACCAAUAAGUGGGAGGCCAGCGCCUAUCCAGUGGAGGUCAUGCUGUUAGAUCAAAUUUACAUGGGAAUUCAAGCUCAGUCGGAUCUGCCAAACGUGAAGCUGUUUGUCGAAUCAUGCAAAGCCACUCCUGAUGACAACCCUGAAAACCCCAUCUCCUACGACAUCAUCAAGAACGGAUGUCUAAAGGACGAGACAGUGAAGGUCUACCCAACAACAGAUCUAACUUCUUACAACUUUCAGGUUCAAGCCUUCAAAUUCACUGGAAACUAUGACCAGGUAUACAUCACCUGCUCCGUCAUCCUGUGCGAGGCUGAGAGUUCCUUUUCCAGAUGUGCUCAGGGUUGUCUGAGCGAUGCAUCCCGCAGACGCAGGCGCAGGCGAGGGUUUGACAAGGAGACGGUCGGCCACUACAUUACCCAGGGGCCUUUGCGGUUUGUCAGGGCGGCUGUUCCCGAUGCCACCUUGAAGGAAAACACCUUGAAUGAAAACACCUUGAAGGAAAACACCUUGAAGGAAAACACCUUGAAGGAAAACAAUGACAAAAAGAAUGAAGUGAAGGAAAACAGUGACGAGCCCAUCGCAGUGACUCCUCCACCAGUUUCCUCAGACACCAAAUCGAGCGGAUGGCGUUGGGGAAUCAGGGAGAUCCUCAGCACCAACACCAGCACCAUCGUGUUUGCCAGUGGCUUCGUCGUGUCGAUGCUGUUGAUGGCUGUGCUAGUUUGUUUCUUCACCAAGAAGAGAAAGGCAGAAGACCGCAAGUUUCUUUUAGAUUCGAGCUGGUAGAAUAAAAACCCAGCUGAUCUCAGAUCUCGCUGUUUAUUUUGUUAAAGGAUAGGUUCGUAUGUUCAAGUACUCACAUGUCCACACUGUACACACAUUGAAAAAAUAUAUUUCAAAGUUUAUCUGAUGUUGAACUGAGUGGAGUCCGAAAAUGGAAAAAUUAAUAAUAAUAAUUUUUUUAAUGCAAUGCCAAAAAUAACAAACUACAGUUAUUGUGCAAAAACAUGAAUAUAUUAUUUGUGAAGGACUUUUUCCGCUUUCUUAAAUUACAUAUGAAUGUAUGUAACAUGACGAUAAUUAUCUGUAAUGAAAUAUGUGGCUCAUAAUAUAAAUCCUUAUCAAAAUUCAAGGAAAAUCUGUAAAACUGUAAAUUUCAGUAAGUUUAUAGUUUCUGACAUUGAUGUGAAUUAUGAUAAUUUUGCUUUAAUUUUACACUUUUUGACCAUUUUUUCGGCUUCAGGUAAACUUCAGGAGGUAUUUCUGCACAGAACGUCCCACACAGUAGGGCGUUAGAGAGGAUCUCUGGUCAGAAUGAACAGCAGGAAUCUUUACAGCCUUUUCAAUAGAAACUUACAAACCUAUCCUUUAACCACUUUAUUGUUGUCGAUAGAAAUGAUGGGGCGUCCCCGUGGUCUAAGCGGUGAACGACGUGCCCGGAUUGCUUUGAGUUGCAUGCAGUGGUGUGGUGGUGUCUGGAGACGUGGGUACACUCUUGAAUGAUCCCAGAAAUUUUUAUUCAAAGCGGAUAAACUCCUCAUGUUAUAAACGGCAAUAUGUACGACUACUCUUGCAUAUUUAGGUAGCAGUAUUUGCAUAUUUCACUUCUUGACUGUUACAUAAUCUAAGUAAAGCAUUCCUUAUUCCUUACUUCAUCCACUCAUUAAAAUACACAAAUACGUCAUUCCUUCGCCAUCCUAGAUAAACAGAAACAGCUUGCAGAGCACUGAUAAAGCUCAUCAAGGAGGAUUUAGAAGAUGGUAUACCCAACUUAUCCCUACAUACAAUCUGCACCACACCACUGGUUGCAUGCCAUCACCUGUGUGUCCUCAUAACUCUGUAUAACUCUUAUUUCCUGUCUGUCUAUGCUGUCAAAAAAGGUACAAGCCAUGAAAAGAAUCUUUAAAAAGAUAAAGUCCACUGUGAGCACAUUGGAAAACAAAGCUAACAAAUGUUUUUCUGAACUUGGAUUUGGUUUCUAUUUUUGGUUGUUCACCCCACGGCAAAUAACUUAUCGCAGCCGCACCCGUUUGUGCUGCUGCGAAACAAAAAUCCAUUCUGUCUGGUUCUGCAGCAUGUUUACGAAGCUGUUGUUCUCAUUGUUUUGCAAACAGGUUCCCAGCAUUUAUCACCAUUUGGGGAUUUUUCAUUUGACUUAUUUUAUUAGACCAUUCAUAUAUGCAACUGUCUUUAAAAGUACCCCAAUGUGUGACACUUGUACCUUGAAACACGGUUAGACAUGCAGUUUUUAUAAACAAUAUUUGUAAUGGUGAAUAUAUUCUAUUUGUAUCAUUUAGAUUUUAUGUACAAUUAAUGGGAACAUGUGCGUCACAUGUCGACUUUUAAUCUGCAGUCUUAAUCAUACAGUAAACACAGCUUUGUGUG